AUGGGAGACAUCGACAGCAUGUUCUACCAGGUGCAAGUUCCAUCCCAAGACGCUAGUUUUCUUCGGUUUCUCUGGUGGGAGGGUGGCGAAACAGACAAAUGUCCUACUGAAUAUCAAAUGAUGGUGCAUCUGUUCGGGGCAAAUUCCUCACCCAGUUGUGCGAACUUCGCACUCAGAAAGACAGCACAAGACUGCACUGGCCUUUUCAACGAUGACGUCAUUGAAACUGUGCUCCGGAACUUUUACGUCGACGAUUGCCUGAAAUCUCUGAAUUCCACAAAACAUGCCAUAUCCUUUAGUGAAGAUUUGCAAGCCGUCUUGAGUCAUGGAGUUUCCACAUAUCAAAGUGGAUCAGCAACAGCAGAGAGGUGA